AUGAAGAACCCUUUUGAUGUAUCUUCUUAUAUGCUUCUUGAGGCCAGUGGUGACUCUGAAAAUGAUUGUAACCCCACCAUGGGAGAACAUGAAAUUGGCAGAGAAGAUGAUGAUGCUCAAUCUUGCAUCUACGAUAGUUCUGAGACAUCUAAUGCUGCUGAACUCAAUGGUUUUUGGAAUAAUGAUCAUGAUGCAGAUGAGGUUGAAGAUGAGAAGAAAUGUGAGUUUCAUGGAACAUCAUAUUGUGAUGAUGAUGAUGAGAUGCAAGAACACCAGAAGUCCUGUGUGUCUGAUGAGUCAAGCCAAGAAUUGGUGGAUGAGAUGGAAAAGAACAGGAGAUUCUGGGAAGCUUGUUUGGCAUCUUGA